UGUAAUUCUGCAAAGAUGGCUAGGAUUCUAGCCAGAACUUUCUAGUUCGCUUCAUUCUAAAGGAAUCGGGGAAGUCCUACGCCGCCAUCUUAGGCUCCCGUCUUUGAGAAGCGGGAAAGGCAAGCCGCCCUCCUAAAAAGUCCCAGCAACUGGCCCGCCCCCCCCCCCCAAAAAAAAAACAGGCCCGGAAGCGGAAGUGAUGGAUACGGAAGUGGCCUGCUGUUGCCGAGGGGACGGGCCGGGCAGAUGCCAACAUGGCAGCGGUUGGGGUUGGUGGUUCCACCGCGGCGGCCGGGCCAGGGGCGGUCUCCGCGGGGACCUUGGAGCCAGGGACAGCGAACGCGGCUCACCGGCGCCUCAAGUACAUAUCCCUAGCCGUGCUGGUGGUCCAGAAUGCCUCCCUCAUCCUCAGCAUCCGCUAUGCCCGUACACUGCCUGGGGACCGCUUCUUUGCCACCACUGCUGUGGUCAUGGCUGAAGUGCUCAAAGGUCUCACCUGCCUCCUGCUACUCUUCGCACAGAAGAGGGGUAACGUGAAGCAUCUGGUUCUUUUCCUCCAUGAGGCUGUCCUUGUGCAGUAUGUGGACACACUCAAGCUUGCAGUGCCCUCUCUCAUCUAUACCUUGCAGAAUAACCUCCAGUAUGUUGCCAUCUCUAACCUACCAGCUGCCACUUUCCAGGUGACAUACCAGCUGAAGAUCUUGACCACCGCUCUGUUCUCCGUGCUCAUGCUGAAUCGCAGCCUCUCGAGGCUGCAGUGGGCCUCCCUGCUGCUUCUCUUCACUGGUGUCGCCAUUGUCCAGGCACAGCAAGCUGGUGGGGGCGGCCCACGGCCACUGGAUCAGAACCCUGGAGCAGGCCUAGCAGCUGUUGUUGCCUCCUGUCUCUCCUCGGGCUUUGCAGGUGUUUACUUUGAGAAGAUCCUCAAAGGCAGCUCAGGUUCUGUGUGGCUGCGCAACCUGCAGCUGGGCCUCUUCGGCACAGCCCUAGGCCUAGUUGGGCUCUGGUGGGCUGAGGGCACUGCUGUGGCUCACCGCGGCUUCUUCUUUGGGUACACACCUGCAGUCUGGGGUGUGGUACUAAAUCAAGCCUUUGGUGGGCUGCUGGUGGCUGUUGUUGUCAAGUAUGCUGACAACAUCCUCAAGGGCUUUGCCACCUCCCUUUCUAUUGUGCUGUCCACUGUUGCCUCCAUUCGCCUCUUUGGCUUCCACCUGGACCCAUUAUUUGCUCUUGGCGCUGGGCUCGUCAUUGGUGCCGUCUACCUCUACAGCCUUCCCCGAGGUGCAGUCAAAGCCAUAGCUUCCGCUUCCACCUCUGCUACCACCCCUGGGCCCUCCAUUCACCAGCAGCCUCCAGGGCAGCCACCACCACCACAGCUAUCUUCACAUCGAGGGGACCUCAUCACGGAGCCCUUUCUGCCAAAGUUGCUCACCAAGGUGAAGGGUUCGUAGCCACCGGGAUUGAAGACGUUGGCCUGGCCUCACUCUCCCUUCUUGCCCCCCGGCUCAGCUGGGAAACAAACUCUGAUCAGUAUUAGGGGUA